GCCGAGGUCACGUGAAUCCAUCAAACCGGAGGUGCACAGCUGAUCAUGACGUCACACCACUCGUUAACAUGGCGGACUGGAAUAGAGGUCAUGGCUCUGUUGACGACAUGCUGGAUGCUGAAAACAAACGGCUGGCUGAGAACCUGGCCACCAAAGUCUCCAGACUGAAAUCUCUGGCGUAUGACAUCGACAGAGAGGCUGACGAUCAGAACGAGUACCUGGACAGCAUGGACUCCAACUUCCUGAGUGCGACGGGCCUGCUGAGCGGCAGCGUGAAGCGCUUCUCGACCAUGGUCCGAUCGGGCAGAGACAACCGCCGCAUCCUCUGCUACGUCUCCGUGGGCCUGGUCCUGGUCUUCUUCCUGCUUUACUACUUGGUCUCCAGGAUUCAACGCUGACAGGGAAACCCAAGAUCAGCCAGGAGCUGGUCCUGAUGUGGAGCCGAGACUAGAGACUCGUAUUUGAUAGGUUUAAAUCUUCUCUGUGGUUCUCCUGCACAGUGAAAAGACUUUUUUUUUCCACAUGAGAAAACAUUUAGUUGAAGCAUUAAAAGUGACCAGCAGGGGGUGUUGUCCUUUGGAGGGGAACCGGGGUUAGGUGGGGUCAUACCAAAGAUGCUGGAGUCUAUUUAA